AUGGACAACCGAUCUCCACGGCAAGGGGAUGCAUUGUAUAGCAAGAAAAUUGGUGCCUUGGCUGAUGGCAUUUGGGAAUCUAUUGCAUUGCGUCCCCAUUCUCCCUUCAUCCUCAUUCCUAUUCCCAUCGCCCAUCCUAAUGACUCUCCUCACCCCUUUUCGUCUCGUCUUUAUCCCGAUCGUAUUCGCGUCCUCUCUCGUGUUCUCAAGCCCUUGCCAAACCAUCCAAACCCCAUUCUCACCCUCAUCCUCUUCCUUCGUUCUCACCUGCCGCCUGCUAUUGUUGUAUCGCCAUCGGAUUUCUCAGUUCUGCGUCUCGAAAGUUCGCGAAGAGAAUUGGUGCGUGGUCACCCACAAACGGCGCAACCAUUCGGAGCAGGUGCUCCUAGUGGACCACGCCCAGUUGUGACACAACGCCUGCUGACAAUCAAGUGCGUAACUGCAACCCUCUCUCGAGGCGUCAUGUCUGACACUGGGAAAGAGGACUCAGCGGAGCUCAUAGCAAACACGCGUUCUCGUGCGCUAAUCCGUAAUGUACUCGUGUUUACAACGUCGUAUGAGAGACGCCCAUCGGGCAGCUUAGUUGAGGGGUUUCGCCGACCAUACGCGCAGCGGCUGCGUAGUCGAGAGAUGUGGCGACGGCGGCGAUGUUAUUUCGUCUCGGGCAAGGGCGGGUCGGCGCGGCGGCGGUCGGCGCGCGGCGACCUGCGAUCGGCCGCGCGGAGCGGCGUGGAGACGAACUGCGGGCGCGGAAUGCGCGCGACGCGGGGAGCGGAGCUGGAGUGGAGUACACCGAGCGGCGGCGGGGGGAGGGACUUCGGCGCGGGCCGCCGGGCGGCGGCGCGGCCCCGGGCCGCGUUCCGGUUGUUUGCGGGACGUAUGGUGGGAGCUGCGUGGGUUGCCACGGAGCGGGCGCAGCGGAAGCUCCGCCUCGCCGCCGCCGCCGCCGCCGUUGCCAUUUUGCCGUACCCAGAAUAUCAUAAUCAUAGGCAGCAGUCUGGUCCAUCAUUGGUGUAAACGGCAUGCAAAACCAUGCCGCUUCGCUAGCAUGAUGGUCACAAAGUACCCGGGUUAUGGAUGGAAAUGGAAUUGACAGCUGCCAGUCGACAGAAGAUGAAGGAAGUGUUCCGAAAAUAUGCCCACAAUCAAAUAAUACAACAUCUUCCAUAAACAAAAAAUUGGGUAUUAACAUCAAAGAUAAAACAAAUUUCAGUGUGUCUGCUGCGUCAGAAGAACUUUGUAGAACAGAUGCAUCAGAUCGGGUAUUAGAUGCUUCUGUGUUGUUAAUUGAAGAGAAACUCGAUAAUGUGCCACAUAUAAGUACUUCAAUGCGUACAUUCCCUUGUGACAAGGGCAGUGAUAUGCAGUGUUCUGACUUAAAAAAAGAGUUAAAUGAAGAGUCGUUAUUAUCAAAGACAGAAAACAAAUUUUGUGUGCAAAGUCAGGUUAUUAAAGGUGACAUUGAAAGGAAUAGAGAUAAUUCUUCUUUGUUGUCUGCAGUGGAACUUUCAAGUUUUAAAAGUAGUCCAACUAAUGAUGCUGAUGGUGAUGAAGACUCUGCUGUUGGAAGUUCAUUAGGUGAAGUGUCAGCCGUAUUAGAAAAUCAUGAAGAAACUUUGUUAGAAACAAAUGAUCGAUCUGAUGGUAGUGAUUCUGGACUUGGUUCAGAUUUGGUAGAGGGUAGUGGUGCUCAAGUUGACUCUUUGUCGACUGGAUCUGCUGAUGAAUCAAAUGGUGUUAUUAGUACACAUGCUGAGAAUGAGGAAAGUAUUAUAAGUGAUACAGAAACCUCGUUUUUAGACAGACUUCCUGAGGAUUUAGAAAUUCAAUCCAAAGAUAUUGAGACACAAAGUUUAGAAUUAGAGGUUCCACAGAGUUUGCAGGAAACAAUAGUAGAAAAAACCCCUGAUAUUAAUGUGGAAGGGGAUGAUCAUGUUAUUCAUGAAUUGCCAACUUCUAGUUUCAAUGUGCAAUUGCCUGACGUACCUUCUCCUGAUUCAUCACCACCACAGAUCUGCAGUAAAAAUAUUUCAAAUGCAGGUACAUCUGAAUACUUUGACAUCCCUACUGUAAAUAGUGAUUCUUCUGUAAGUGAACACGAUAAAAUGGGACUAAAAUUUUCCCUGUCUGCUGAAGCAGACAAAGCUGUAGAAAUGGGUUUAAAAUUUCCUUUGCCUGAUGAUGAUGAUGAUGAACCUGAUGAGUUGGAUUUGAAAUUUCCAGUGUCAGUUAAUUCGGACAAAACUGUUGAUAUGGAACUCAAAUUUCCUGUAUCUGAUAAUGAAGGCAAGUGUGUGGAAGAACCAGAUUUAGGUGCUAUAUUGGAGUCUGCUGAGAAGACUGCGGCUGAAAGUUCAUUGAAGAGAAGCAAUCUAAAACGCUGUCAUUCAUACGAUGAUUCAGAAGCUCCUGUAGCAAAAAAGAAAAGGUCCAUUACAUUUGACAAAGUUACUGUCUACUACUUCCCACGUGCUCAAGGCUUCACUUGUGUACCAUCUCAGGGUGGUUCAACAUUAGGAAUGGCAUCUACACAUGCUCAUGUACAGCAAUUUUCUUUACUGGAACAUGCUGUUGAACAACGCCGUCUUCAUCGACAAGUACUUCUACAGUUGCGGAAUGAAAGAUUGAGUGCACAACGAGCUAUGGCAUCUUCGAGUGAUGAUUCAGAUAGUGAAGAAGAACAGAGUGAUAUUUCUGAGUCAGAGUUGGAUCUAGAUAGUUAUUAUUUUCUGCAGCCUGUGCCAACCCGACAGCGUAGGGCUUUGUUACGUGCUGCUGGGGUGAGAAAAAUUGAUUCAUUGGAAAAAGAUGAAUGCAGAGAUAUUCGAUCAUCCCGUGAGUUCUGUGGAUGUGGAUGCAAAGUGUAUUGUGAUCCAGAUACUUGCUCAUGCUCACAAGCUGGAAUCAAAUGCCAGGUUGAUCGAUUGAACUUCCCUUGUGGUUGUACAAGGGAUGGUUGCGCUAACUCCAGUGGCCGAAUAGAAUUUAACCCAGUGCGUGUCCGCACUCAUUUUAUACACACAUUAAUGCGUUUGGAAUUGGAGAAGAAACAGAAACUUGAAGUUGAAGAUGAAAGUCCUUCAACUAAGCCUCCACAACAAAGUCGAGUCCAGUGGAGCGAUGAAAACACUUUGGCAACCGGAAAUGUGUAUGCGGAUAUGUCAAAACAGACUUCCUCUGCAAAUGAAGGAAUGGGAAUGCCAAAGUACAGUGGUUCCCUUCUGCGUGAUGUGAACCUGGGAGCAGGAACAGAAGUUGAAUCUUGUGUACAUGCUGGAAAUUUUACCAAUCUUCAUUAUAGUACCAGUACAGAGCCACAAGGAAUUUCGACAGGUACGUCGGAAAUGCUGGUCAGUCCUGGCUUUGCAGACGCUGGUGCAACUACAUAUAAUUCUCAGACCACUUCGUCCACUCCAAGUAUUCUUGAUGUGCCAUAUGAUGAGAACACUGCCAAGUAUCAGUAUUCAUCCAGCUUUUCGCAGAAUUUUCCUGUUCAUCAUUCAGCACCUAAUACUUUUGGCCAUUAUAAUCCUAACCCCCUGUAUGGGGCAGAAUAUUCUGAUAAAACAUCAGGGCAGAUUGUGGAAAAUGGCUAUAAAGAAAAUUCUGCAGGUGGAUCUUCAAAUGCUGAAUUUAAUCAGCAUGCUCUUUCACCUGCAAAUGGCUCAUAUCAGAAUUUUCAAUCUCUUUCUGAUUUGCGAGAGAAUUAUCCAAUGCAGGAUCGCUCAGCUGUUCCCAAUUCUACAGAAUCCUGCAAUAAGCAAGUGAAUGCAAAUAUAAAUCACAGUCAUUAUACUAAUUUGCAUACUGUUUGUCCAUUAACCAACAAAUUGGAAUCUUUCUCUGAAUUACUCCAGGGACGGUAUUCUUACAUGACCCCUGGAAGGACAGGUAGCAGCGUUGCUUAUGAUGAUUCGACUGCAGGCAUAGCUGGACCAUCAGCAACAUUUAAUAGCAGUGGAGGAUCUGCAGAUGUUCUAGUGGAAAGUGAAUCUGUUGCGGUACAACAGAAUGACUCAAGCAAUGACUCUGACAAAUGUGAUCAUGGAGCAGCUUCUACCAGUGUUACAGAUCCUGUUGUAGAGGACUGUGAUGAGAACUUCGGUGAAAUCAUUAAGAAGACUAUGGUGGAAACUGUGUCUGCGUAAUAUAUUUUUGUGUUUCAUGAAAGUCGUUUAUAUUAUAUUGUAAAGUAUUGUAGUUAUUAAAUUAGAUUUUGUUUUAAUAAAUGUUGUGAAAAAUGUGUAGAAA